AUGAGUCGAAUGGAGCUGGAUAGUUUGAUUGUACCAGUCCAGUUCAAAGGUACCGGGGAACCUGUCAAACGGGAGAUGGACCGAGCGUUCAUGACUGCUGCAGUCCCCGUUUCCCCGGCGGGCCGGCGGGCGCGCAAGUACGAAAGAUGGAGUGCAUCUAAUGUGAUGGGUUUCCUGGGCCCCGGGACAGAGCAUGUGCGCUCUCGCAUCCUCUGGUCAGUAAUCGACCUGUCGGAUGGUCAACAGGGGGAUGAUUUUUAUGGUGCACCCGCGGUGGCGGUACGCUCCACUUGGUGGCGCCGGGGAAGAAGUGCGUGUCCCGGGACGCUAAGCUACAAAUCGCCCCCCUGGAGCAACACGUCUCCGAUGAAUGGACCUGAGGCGGUCCGGGAUAUGCGACAGUUUCAGCGAGGAGGAACUCUGUUUCCAAGAUCGACGGAGUCUGAGUCUGAUUUGAGAGACGGAUUCGUUUCCCCGGAGGAUGCACUAGAGGUGCCCUUUGAAAAGGAUCCGGUCUGGACUCUGUGGGAUCGCGGUGAUCUAGACGCUCCCCCGGCUAUGAAACAAAGAAAAGAAGCCUUUGUCGCGGGGACGCGUACAUUAACCAUCGUCGCUGAUUCGCGCGAAAACCCCUCCGCCGGCCUUCCAUGA